AUGUUCGUCGCAACAUGUGUGCCAGUAUGGGGUGGCUCAACGCCAUAUGUGGCGUGGGGAAUGUGGUGGAUUGAUGUUGGUGUGAGUGUAGCGUGUUGUCUAUAUCUGCCGUUCCAAAUGAUGACCAAGCACCAAAACCAGCACGAGACAAUGACUGCAGUAUGGCUUCUGCCCAUCGUUUCUUGUAUCGUUGCCGCUGCAUCUGGCGGCGUGGUGGCGUCCGUGCUACCAGAUCCCAACCACGCCCUCAUCACUAUUGUGACUAGCUAUGUGCUCUGGGGCAUGGGCAUUCCUCUUGCACUCGUGGUUCUAACGAUAUACUUCCACCGUCUUGCGAUUCAUAAACUUCCGCCGCAGGAAGUUAUCGUCAGCGUGUUUCUUCCUCUGGGUCCUCUGGGUCAAGGCGGGUAUGCGGCUAUGCAGCUUGGGACCCAGGCUUUGAAGAUCUUCCCACAGACGAAGACGCUGCAUCCGGUGGCAGGGGAGGUACUAUAUGUACUGGGUCUCGUGACUGCCAUGGUGCUGUGGGGCUUCGGGCUGGUGUGGUUGUUCUUCGCUGUUGCGUCGAUUAGUCAGAGGAAGUUUCCUUUCAAUAUGGGGUGGUGA